AUGACCGGAGUUCAGGUGAUGCCGGGGGUGGGCGCGGUGACCACGGUCGACGUGAGGACGGAGGGCGGCAAGGCGGUGGCGGGGCUCGCGAGGAGGCGUGUGGCGGGGGGGAGCAGUUCAAGCACGAGCCUGUUUGCUGGUGACUGGAGGAGGAGGCCUCGCCGGGCGACCUGCUCCGUCAGGCUCAGGCAGUGUGGCCGGGGCAGGGGCGGCAGGAGCGGCGGCCUCGCCAUCGUCAGCAACCUCGGGGGCAGUUACGAUGUUGGCUUUGGCGACGUCGACCUGCAACUGAUGAACUACUUUACCUACAAAGCCGUGAGGACCGUGCUGACCCAGCUCUACGAGAUGAACCCACCCAGCUACCGCUGGCUCUACAACUUUGUUGCUGUAAACAAGCCCACCGAUGGCAAGCUGUUCCUCCGCGCUCUUGGAAAGGAGAGGCAGGAGCUUGCAGAGCGGGUUAUGAUAACCCGGCUUAGCUUGUACGGGAAAUGGAUCAAGAAAUGUGACCACGCAAAAAUGUACGAGAAGAUCUCCAACGAGAACCUGGAGCUGAUGCGGGAGAGGCUCAUGGAGACGGUCAUCUGGCCAACCGACGACACCAACACGGAGAAGAUCGGCUGA